AUGAACAUUGUUAACAACUAUGUGUCAUCUAUGAACCAUGAACGAUUACGGGACAGACUAACUGACUAUAUGGAACGCAGGUCACCUGGUACAUCAUUUAAAAGGCCGAGAUACACAAGCACUCCUGUGAAGCUCAGUAGGCUUGGGUUGUGUGCCGGUUACGAUGCCACACUUAAUGCCAUUGAUCGAAUCAGGCGCGACUUUGAUUUGUCAGCGUUGAAACUAACGGAGAAUACAGAGUUCUGUUUAAACAAUCAGUUGCAAGUAGGUGACGCUGAAUGUGCCGACCCAGACUUGUCAUUUGCUCUGUCCGAACACCCCUUGAUAGGUGAGGAAGAAAGCUGCAUUCAGUCUGAAAUGGAGUGUGAUAACACUAUUUUGUACUCAGAAAACACAGCGCACGACUUGAGUUUAGAAUAUCAGACUACAGAUCGCCCUAUGGAUGUUGAAAUGGAUGAUGAUGAGGUGGACGAUGAUGAUGAGGUAGAAGAUGAUGAUGAAAGAGAUGAUGUUGAAAGUGAUGAUAACGAGGAAGAACAGGAUGAAGAGGAGGAGGAGGAUGAGGGAGAUGACAUUGCUGAUGUUGGUAAAGAUGACGUCGAAGUUCACACAACCGAAGAAUCGGGCGUUGGAAUAGGGGAGGAUGUUGAGAUUGAUGAUAGCAUUGGGGAAAAAGAAGCUGAAGAAAAAUCCGGUGGUGAGGAUGGGAAAGAUUUAGACACGUGCAUGGCUCCUGGCUUCACAAUGUGUUAG